UUAAAUUUAACCCAACAAUGAAAAAGGCAAAACCAGACAAGAAAAGCAAUAACAAGAGAAACAAUAUACCAAUGGAAGAAACAAAUACUGAAGUAUUGGGAAGUAAGAUAAACCUACAGAUAGUAAUAUUAACAAAUGAAAAAAUUAUAGAAGAUAACGUCAAUACAAACAUAGAAGUUAUAGAAGAAAUCGAAAGUAGAAAUAACGAAUUACAAGAAUAUAUUGUAAAUGGGAAAGAAAAUAACAACCAAGGGUGGAGAAGAGUAACUAAUAAUAAAAGGAAAACAAAAUAUGAAAGUAUCAACAAAAAUAACAAUAAAGAAAAUAACGAAGAAAAAGAAGAAACUGAAUCAAUUGACUCAUACCAAACAGAAAACGACUACCAUGAAAAAGUAGAAAAAGUUAGAAAAAUUUUAAAAAAAGAAACAGUAGUUGUCCUGGUAAAAACUGAAGUAUUCAAAGACAAUAGAAUGAUUUCUGUAUUAUAUGACAAUGAAAAAGAAAUGGAAAAGGGCAAGCAAUGUGAUGUGGAAGGAAAUGUAGGAAAGCCUACCUACAUACAUAAAGCUGAAAUUUUCAGAAGAAAUCCAGUUAAGGAGCUAAUGCAUGGUGUGAAACUGUGGGACGUGCCACUGGGAAUGAAAAACAAAGAACUCAAAGAAGACCUAGAAAAUAAAUAUGGUGAAAUAGAAAGACUAACCAUGAGAGUCAAUAAUAUGUGGCAAUCUGCAGUUGCUAUUUUUAAAGAAAAAGAAGAUGUAAAAAAAGUCAUGGAAAAAUGGAGCAUUAUAAUUGAAGAAGACUCCUUGAGAGUUACACAAAUAGAUCAAACAGCUGAUAAUUUCAAAUCUAGAGGAGAACAUGUAACCAGAAUUAUCGGUCUACCCAAUAGUAUAACAGCAUGUGAGUUAUGGCCUUAUGUAGAAAAAAUUGGAGCGAGAAUAUAUUAUAUAUCAAGAACAAGAACAUAUAGAUGGAAAAAUGAAGCAAUUGUUUUGUUUAAAGACCACGAAACAU